AUCGUGCACCAACUCACUUGCCCGAUUCCUCGGUCUGGCGACCCAACUGUCCGAAAGUCCGCGCUCUAUCUGGUUCAUGGUCCUGAAAUCUUUCUUGGGCUGCUGCUGGAAUGGAGUGCAACGCGUUCCCACCACAUCCUGGGAAGUGAGCACCAAAAUCUUCGUAAUCAGCGUCAUAACGUGAAAGUAUGA